UCAUCACAUGCAUGUAGUGUCUUCUGCUGCUAAACGAUUCAUAAACAAAAUAUAGAAAUAUUUGUCCGCGGAAAUUAGAAGAGCUGGUUACAUCCCCAGUGGAUUGGUUUGCUGGACGUUUUCCCUGUUGGCCAAAUCAGUAAAAUGAACUUCUUGCGGCAAACUUUAAGUUUUACGAAGUCCAUGGCCAGUGAAGCCUUCUCAUCGUUCCUGCAGCGCGGCACGAUGGCCACACUGAACCAGAUGCAUCGCACCGGGCCGCACAUAAAGCAGCGUCCCCCGAGGCAGCCACUGGACGGGAAACCCUUUGCCAAGGGCAUCAUCCUCAAGACGUUAAUCAAGAAACCGAAGAAACCCAACUCGGCCAAUCGAAAGUGCGUCCUGGUGCGGCUGAGCACCGGUAAGGAAAUGGUCGCCUAUGUGCCCGGUAUCGGGCACAAUCUACAGGAGCAUAACAUCGUACUGGUGCGGGUGGGGCGAAUGCAGGAUCUGCCCGGUGUCAAGCUGAAAUGCGUCCGCGGAAAGUACGAUCUGCCGCACGUGAUCAAGCAGAAGUGAGAUCCGAGGGCGGAGAUCGGAUUUGUCAUAUAGUCGGCUAGGGAGAAAGGCGAAGAAGUUUGUAUGUAUUAUAGAAGAAACAAAUGA